AUGCACAGUUUGCACACGACAAAACCGCAGCUCAUCCUCGCGCAAGAGCGACAGAAACAGACCUCUCGUCGUUCCAAAACCAUCGUCGUUCCCGUCAUGAGCAACGACACCGUUGAACUCUCCUCGUUAGCGACCGCAUUCUCGCGACAACAAUCCGGUCCGGGCGCCUUGUGGGCCGAAAUCACCGCGCUCUCUCGACAAGAAGGGGUGAUUGAUAUCGGGCAAGGGUACCCUGAUUUCGGUUCGAACGCGAUCGCGAAACAAAGCGCGAAGCGAGCGAUAUCGAUGGACGAAAAGACAAUUUCGGGAGACGUUCCAGACGCUCGAGCGAAUCAAUACGCACCGAUUCCAGGAACGGCGGAUAUGCUGGAUGCGGUGAAACGGUAUUACAGAGACACGGCGAGAAAUGUAUCCUCGGUGGACGAAUCGAGAGACAGUUCGUUGGUGACGACGUCGGCGACGGAAGGGUUGUACGUGGUGUUUCGAACGUUGUUGAACAAAGACGACGAGGUGAUGACGUUAAGUCCGUUCUUCCCGUGGUAUUUAGCGCACGCGACGGUAACGGAGUGUACGCUACUUGGAGUCCCGUUAAAUCCGGAGGAUGGAUUUGCGGUGACCGAAGAGAUGUUAGAACGAGCGUACGCCAAGAGCAACAAGAGAGUAAAGAUUUUCGUGCACUGUUCGCCGCAUAAUCCAACCGGUCAUUGCGCGAGCGAAGAAGAACUGGAAAUUAUCGCCAGGUUUUGUAGGAAUCAUAAGAUCGUGGCGAUCGCGGACGAAGUGUACGAACGGUCUACGUUUCUAGAAAGCAAGCCGCAUUUGCGUUUGCGAGAGUAUUUACCGGAAAGAACGGUAACGGUUGGCACGUCGAGUAAGCUGAUGAAUUUAUCGGGCUGGAGAGUGGGAUGGAUAUACGGCCCAAAAGUCAUCGUCGACGCGUGCAAUACAUUCCACUCCUACGCCUCUUUUUCCACGCCAACGCCGUUACAAGCCGGCGUCGCGGACGCGUUAAACGACAUCUGCGACCGAGCGAAACCGGGCGAAGGCGUCACCCCGGACGAAAACGCCCAAAUCCUCGCCUCGAACGCCCAAAUCCUCGCAUCCGCGCUCACCGCCUCCGGCUUGAAAGUCUACCCACCCGAAGGCGGCUUCUUCCUCGUCGCCUCCGUCAAAAACAUCAAAUCUGUCGACGGCGACGCCAUCCAAUACUGCAAAAAUCUCGCUCGCCGAGGCGCCAAAGUCAGCGCGGUUCCGAUGACGCCCUUCUACGACCCAUCCUCCCCCGAAAACCCGACCGAUUUAGUCCGGUUCGCGAUAUGUAAAAAACGCGAAACCAUCGCGGAAGCCGCGAGGAGAAUACGCGAGAACCCUUUGUAG